UUUGUUCUCAGCUGUUUCAGUGUGUUAUUUACUCUGACAUUGAAAACUAGUUUCAAGUGCAACAUUUAGUUUUAAUCAGUUUUAUCUCCUUCAUGUCUCGGAUGUUGAAAACUAGUUAAAAGUGGAAUAUCUACAGUAGUUGUGUCAGCUUUCGCUCCAUCGCCACUGCACUGUGAGGUUAUUAGAGAGCUGAGCUUGACCUAAAGUGGCCUUUCACUGGCCACUGCGUGGGGUGAGCUUCAAGAGUAUUGUCAUUGGUUGUUCGCAGCUCAAUGCUCUUCGGCAUUACUCGCAGGAUUGUGGUCAUUGGACAGUGGCCAGUCUCUCUCUACACUGCUGCUUCUCCCUUUCAUGACUUCUCCGAUAACCUACCCUUUGUUAGUAUGAGGCAGACUGUUUGAACACAACUAGGGAGGGAACUUGAAUGGUUGACGCACACCCUGCUAUGUGGUAUUGCAUAUAAUUAUUAAUAUAAUUGAGCGUUGGGAGCUGACAGACAUGCAGAGGCUGAAGGAGGUGUAGCUCUUAUCCAACAUCUUCCUGGGUGCAAAAUUGAGGCGACAGUGGAGCAAAUAUUUUCAUACUACAUUUGUGGGAUUCUUUAAAAUUGCCUACCCGGCAGACGUUUCUCUUUCUGAGGCUUUCCGUCUGACACGCCUUAAUCAUCUGUGGGACCAGCACACCAUUCAAAACUAGCCUGACCACGGCUGCUGCUGCAUAGUCCCCUUCCACACGUACUCUCUCAGUGAACAGUAUGGGUCUCCAGUCAGACUCUGCCCUCCAAACUAUUCUCCUUUUCCCAAUCCACCUUCUGGUAUGGCUGUACUCCACCCUGUCCUUCCUUCCCUGGUACUACAUCACUGGUGCCGGGGAAAGAAAAGCUCGUUCCAACCGGGUAAAGGCCCGUUCCACUUCAGGCCGUGCGGAGGGACCGUACCGCUCUGUGGAUCAAUUCGAUUCCUUGGCCAGGGAGGACUUACCGGGAAAAGACACACUAGACAAGCUGUUUGAUCAUGCCGUGCAGCGCUUUGGAGAAGCACAUUGUCUCGGCACCAGAGACAUACUGAAUAAAGAGAAUGAGAUUCAACCCAGCGGUAAAGUUUUUAAAAAGCUGAUCCUUGGGGACUAUAGAUGGCUCUCCUACAAUGAAGUGGACUCUGUAGUCAGUCAGUUUGGCAGUGGACUGGCAGCUCUGGGGCAGCAGCCCAAAAGCAGCAUUGCAAUCUUUUGUGAAACAAGAGCAGAGUGGAUGAUCACGGCCCAGGCGUGCUUCAGGCGCAACUUCCCAUUGGUGACAUUCUAUGCCACACUGGGAGAGGAGGCAAUCGCAUUUGGACUGAACGAGACUGGAGUUACACAUCUAGUCACCAGUGUGGAACUGCUCGAGACCAAACUGAAAAAUGUGCUUUCUCAGAUCCCAAAACUGAAGCAUGUGAUCUACGUGGACCAGAGCAAAGUGAGCCCAGAAGGCUUCCCAGCAGGACUGUCCACCCACAGCAUGCAGGCCAUACGAGAGCUGGGCGCGCUGCCUGAGAAUAUGGGGAGGGAAAUUGUGAAGCCCCAGCCCUCUGAUCUGGCUGUGGUGAUGUACACCAGUGGCUCCACAGGCAGACCCAAAGGAGUCAUGAUCAUCCACAGUAACCUAAUUGCAGGAAUGACAGGCCAGUGUGAACGCAUCCCUGGACUCGGGCCUAAUGACACUUACAUUGCCUAUCUGCCCCUGGCUCAUGUUCUGGAAAUGACAGCUGAAAUCUCCUGUGUCACAUACGGCUGUCGGAUCGGCUACUCGUCCCCCCAGACACUGUCCGACCAGUCCACUAAGAUAAAGAAAGGAAGUAAAGGAGACAGCUCUGUGCUCCGGCCCACCCUGAUGGCGGCUGUGCCAGAAAUUAUGGAUCGCAUCAACAAGAAUGUGAUGAGCAAAGUGCAGGAAAUGAGUUUCAUCCAGAAGACGCUGUUUACACUGGGCUACAAAUAUAAACUAGAGCAGAUCAAGAGGGGCCAUGACGCACCACUCUGCAAUGCACUGUUGUUCCGGAAAGUGAAGAAACUUCUUGGAGGACGGGUGAGGAUGAUGCUGUCGGGAGGAGCCCCCCUGUCCUCGGCCACGCAGAGAUUCAUGAAUAUAUGUUUCUGUUGUCCAGUGGGUCAGGGCUAUGGCCUCACUGAAACCUGUGGAGCGGGCACCAUCACUGAGGUUGUGGACAUCAGCACCGGUCGCGUUGGAGCUCCUGUAAUUUGCUGUGAGAUCAGACUCCGGGACUGGGCUGAAGGUGGCUACACCAGCAAAGACAAGCCAAACCCAAGAGGCGAGAUCCUGAUUGGCGGCCCCAAUGUAACCAUGGGUUACUACAGGAAUGAAAGCAACGAUCAGGACUUUUUUGCGGAUGAAAAAGGUCAGAGAUGGUUCUGCACCGGCGACAUAGGAGAGGUUUACCCAGAUGGCUGUCUACAAAUAGUGGACCGCAAGAAGGACUUGGUUAAACUGCAGGCCGGGGAGUAUGUGUCUCUUGGUAAAGUCGAGUCUGCUCUGAAAACCUGCUCCAUCAUAGACAACAUCUGCGCUUAUGCAAACAGUGAGCAGAACUACGUGAUCAGCUUUGUGGUUCCUGACCAGAAGAGGAUGACAGCACUGGCCAAACAGAGAGGCAUAGUGGGGCCAUGGGAGGAGAUCUGCACUCACCCCGACAUGGAAAGAGAGGUUCUGAGGGAGAUCAAGGAGGUUGCUGCUAACAUUAAACUCCAGCGAUUUGAGAUUCCAGUGAAAGUACACCUGAGUCCAGAGCCGUGGACCCCCGAGACGGGUCUGGUCACAGAUGCGUUCAAGCUGAAGAGGAAAGAGCUGAAGAACCACUAUCUCCAUCACAUAGAGAGAAUGUAUGGUGGCAAAUAACUUUGCUCAAUUUCACCAUUGUCAGAGUCGCCAUUGUAACCAUAACCACUGUAAAUAAUGUUCCCGGUACCCAAUUUGAUUUUUAAUGCUGUUUGUGUACUACAGGCGUCAACAUAGAAAUGUCUUGAGCAGAAAAGCUGAAGCUCUAGAUAGUCGUACCUGUUGAUCCACGUGUGCUGCUUUUGUUCUUGUGUGUAUGAGUUUUGAUUGUCAAAAGAAAUGCACUCAAGUGGCAACUCAUAUUCCAUGAAACGGGUCUGAGACCAUUACAGCACUCAACUGCCAUCCACUUAAAUCUGCUGCCACUCAGUUUGUAGCAGAUUUACCACUGUCCUCCAUAUGUUGCUGAUGCUUUAUUACUUCAAUUUAAAAUAUGAGCUGUAAUCAUCACGGAGGCUUCUUUUGCAAAGUUGGAGUACUUAUGUUACUGUGCCUUCAGUCUGCACUACUUGUGUAGUCAAGCAGAAGUGGCAUCUAGAUUAAAAACAAAUAGGUUUAUGCUUUUGAUACAAAAAAUGGCUGAACUGCCAUGUUAUAUUUACUUGAAGAAGAAUAUCCCCACUCAGAGAUACUGACAUGGAUCAUAUAGAGUAAAACAUACUUGUGAUCGUGUCUGCUUAUCCACCUCUUUUUUCUGACCAAUGUUUUAUUUAUGCCUUUUAUUUGUGUCAGUUUAUUUUGAAAGACCUAAAUGUAUGAACAUAAAUGACUCAGGAAGAUAAGCAAAUGUUUUAAUAUAUGGAACUGUCAAAUAGUGGGUAACUUGUAUAGAAAUCCCUUUUGUCAAACUUCUUGUGGGCAUAUUAUUUAUUUAAGAGCAGGCAUGCUUGGCUACUCACCAACUGCUAACAUGCUUAUUAGCUAGUCAGGAAGUGUCUGUAAUACUGUGUGUAUUUUACCUCAGUUAAUGUACAAUUUGGUAUCAAGGUUAUCUGAAGUAGAGUCUGGUCAUUUUAAAAUAGGAGUGUUUUCUAUGUAUUUUUCAAGUGUUGUGUUGGUGGAUCAUUAAAACGUUUAAGGACGCAGACAUUGACCGUCACUUCACAGUUGGUUGUUUGGUGAUCCUACUUGUAUUUAUUACUCCAUCUUUAUGAUCACAUGCCUUGUCCAACAUUUUGAGAAUAAACACUUUUGCAUUA